GUGAUGGGUUGCAGGUUUGCGGGUUUUCGGUGGUUGGGCAGCCCAACCUCGCGAAGCCAGCCUCUCAUUAUGCACCACCAAUAACCAGCCUCCAACCAUAUUUCAUUCUCUAUCUCUCUUCUCAUGCAGCUCUCCUUCCUACCUAAUGUUUGCAAUCAAGAAAAAAAUUUAAUCGUUACUUUCAAUUAAUUGGCCAUCGUUAUCCAAGUGGAUUGUGGCCGCUCACCUUAGUACGACAGCCUAACGAAACGAAGGAUGAGCUCUCACAACUUCGACUCAGACUACGUCGAACCAAAUCGGCCAAAUCCGAUAUACACAGCAAACACUUCUCGUCCAAUCAUAAAUCCUCCAUCCACCAAUACUACCACAACGGCGUCCCAAGUUACCAUCCUUCACAACCAACCGCCGUCAUCCGAGUCCGAGUCCGAGUCUAAUUCAAGGACUUAUCAGCAAAUUCCAUCUCCCUCUCCCCAAUCAACCGUCGUACCUUAUGCGCCGACACCUCCCCCAGCUCCUACGCCGCCUUCAAUACCAUCCGAAUCAGAAAUCUACGGUCCGGACAGACUUUUCGGUAACCGGCCUCCACCAAGUGAGAAUGUUGGUCGUGCGAUAGCCCCAAGUCCCGGAGUACGCUUCGACCAAUCCCAAUUCCCACUCAUGGCUGUAUUACGAGAUCCCUCGCAAUCGAGGGAUUUCAAGGAUGAUUUGGCAAGAGCUGCAGGAGUCGUGACUCCCGGCGUUGACGAUGGGCCUUACAUUCGGUAUGCUCUAGAUGCUAUGACCCAAGUUCGCGAUGAUGGUCGAGGACUAUCAGGAUACCCCGAAUCCGAUAGCGAAUCAUCUUACCAACCUGCGUACCACUUCACGCCUACGACCGUGCCGAGUCCACUCAGAACGCACUCGUCGUUUAUGCCGCCCGAGACAUUUAGGAACGACAAUGUCCCCCGGAAUUGGCCUAUGGCGCCGCCUCCUGGUCCCAUCGCUUCACCUUCAGCCUCUACCGCCGAGGAAGAACUUCAGCAAAGGCGACGGCUGCGUCGAGAGGGAACAAGGCAAUUUGUGGAAGAUCCUUGGAACUCGGGCCUGGUUACUGCUGUACCUGCAGUUGAUCUUCAAGAGGAUGGUCCAUCUGGACAGGAUGAACUAUACAAUGAGCGGGGACAGCCACCUCGGAUACAGACCCAACCCAACAUACCCAGGGCUAUGCAUCAUUGGCAAACACGGUCAGAUCUCGUCAUAGACCCUGAAAUGGGCCUACAUAAUCGCGGGAAGGCCUUGAAUUCGGAGGCGCCUCUUACGUUGAAGCCUUGGGUUUUACGUUCCCAAUCAUUAUUGCUUUUAGCGACGUUAUGUUUAUUGAUGGUUGUGGCCCUGAUAUUUUCCGCUGUCUACUCCAUGGGCCACAACGGUUUAACGCCUUAUGCUGGUACGAUUUAUGGUGGUCAGUACUUUGUUUUCCGCAUGUUACCACAAUUAUUGGCGAUUAUCAUUUUGAUAUAUGCGCAAUGUAUCAUUUCCGCGGCGUUUUGGGUUUUGCCAUUUUCGCGAAUGGCUUCAGAAGAUCGUAACGAGCGACGCAAUGCUGUGUUUUUGCCCUUAUACCCAAAAUCGUUUCUUUGGCCAGAGCUUAUUGGCACCUGGAAUAUCUGGAUACCCAUACUCAAUGUUUGGCUUUUGAAUUUCACGAUACCAUUGCAAAGCAGUCUGUUUACUGUCAUUUUAGUGGACGGAAACUGGACCUGGGCAACUGUUCAGGGUGUGGCGUGGACGUUGGUGGCACUUUAUGUGUCGUUUAUGUCGGCAUUAGUUGUGAUUUACGUCUAUUGGCGUCAACGAAGAACCGGGAUGAUGCAAAAAUGGGGCAUUCGGACUGUGGCGGAUAUCAUUUUCUUGGUAUCACAGAGUAACUCCGUGGCGCAAUACCGUGGACUUGAGACAGCAGGAACACGGAGAAGUAUGAAGGAGAAACUCGCAAGCAGUGCUGAGAGGCUCGGAUUCUGGUUCGCCCCCGAAGCACCGGAGAUCGGAACGUGGUACGGCAUCGGAGUACCUACUGGCGAAGAAAAUCUCGCAACUGAGAAGACGGGUAACCCGCAAUGGGCGAAUCAACAGCAAGGAGUAUCACUGGAAGCAGGCCAACAGACCGGAGGUCCUCGCGUUCGCUCCCGUUAUCUCCCCUGGUGUCUCCGGGAUAGCCAAAUCGCUCUAUUCGCAGUAGCGUCUUCCAUCCUCCUAAUUGCUUUGAUCGUCGUCUCCUUUCUUCGUUCCACAGAUCUGCGCAAUGGUUUCCUCCCUCUAUUGAGCGCUGCUCCCGCGCCAGGUGCUUUCUCAGCCGCCGACUUCCUCUAUUCGUUCAUCCCUUCGCUAAUCGGCAUGAUACUAUUCCUCCUGUUCCAACCUCUAGAUCUAACGCUACGCAUUCUCACCCCUUGGGGCGAGCUUGCGCGUGCAGAAGGUUCACGAGCGGAGACCUCGCUCCUUCUGGACUAUGCGACUUGCCUACCUUUCGAAUCCACAUUCAGGGCUUUGGGGAACAAACACUGGAGGGUGGCCUUCGUGUCUCUUCUUGCCCCAUUAUUCGCACUUAUACCAGUCUUGGGUGGCGGAUUAUUUCUCGCAUUGACUCCUCCCUCUGGGGUUGUGCGCAUGUAUCCGAACUUCCCCGCCUUCGCCAUCAUUCUCACCCUCCUGUUUCUAUACGUCGCCGGUAUCAUCUGCUUGGUACCCAAUAGACAACAAUUCCGUCUACCUCACGCAGUGACCUGUCUAGCUGAAAUCAUUAGCUUUUGCCACGACGAGCAACUACGUUCAGACCAGGCGUUCGACCUGCACCUAAUGUUAGAAUCUAAGGAUCUGGCCAAUAGGCUAGAUACUGGCAAAGAUUGGCACAGACAGGGCAGGUGGGCAUUCAACGCCGGACGAAACAACGAUCAGCAGCUCGGAGUCAAGCGCUACAGCAAGUACACGGUCAACCCCAAGAAACUCCGGACGUAUGACAAGAGGGCUAGAGGCCAGCUAAUUUCCCUGCCUUUGUCUCGCGGCAACGGCCCGUUUCUCAACCGUUAGGUUGGGCUUUAUAUAUUGAUAUUUAUUUUUACUUCUUGUUAUUGUAUUUUUUACCUUAUUUUUGGUUUUUGGUUUGAGCGAGUUUUGCAUAUCGAGCGAUUGCAACAGAUUGAUGAACUACGAAGUAGAUGUACAAGUACGAUCUCCACGAGAUAUUAUGGAAGUUAUGGUGUUUAUGGUUCAUGGUUAUGGGUUCAUGGUAACGGUUUAUGGUAUAUGGAAUACGGUUUAUAGUCAUUGGGCGCGCAAAUGAGCGAAAUGCGCGACAGCAACAGAUUGAUUGCGAUGAAGGUUACGAGACCCUCGAAAAGGGUCGAAAAAAGCUAUGAUUCUUAUGAAAAGCGAGGUUGAUACCUUUUGCUAUUUUGGAGCGAUACCUUUAUUUUUGCCAUUAUCUUUAUAGAGAUUGCAUAGUAGGCGACUAUUGAGAAUUGAGUAUGGGAGUUUUGAUUGGGG